AUGCCUGGUCCGAGCAUGAUAAUCGCCUCCCCCACUGGUCUGCUAAAAGGUACAUUGUGUGCCAUUAUUACCUUUUUAAUAAUGCAGGAUUUGAUUUACCGACCAAAGUUCCCCGUAGUUUAUGUAAUCUUGUGGGAACUAAAAGCCCCAGGAAAUCCUUCUUGUGCACGAUCCUUUGAGUCUUUGAUCGCUGUAGGUGGUCGGGAUUGCAACUUAAACGUCUGGGAUUUGGAAAACACAGCAAACCCGUUAUUUACUGCAAAGAACGUCAGACCUACCACAUUACUCCUCGAAGUCCCUGUUUGGAUUUCGGAUAUUUGCUUUGUUCCUCAGCAUCAUGGUCGAAUAAUUCUCACAGCAUCCAGAAUAGGAGAGGUAAGACACUAUCGCCGAACGUUUUCCGUGUUGCGCAUUCAACUUUGUCGUGAAUUUUGCUUUCAAGAUUUCAGGGGAACUUUAGUCCUGGGUGGUGUUGUAUCAUUGUUUUUUCUAUUAUUACACAAGGUGAAUUACAGUAAACGGGGAGAUCCCCAUAAGCAAAUAAUAUACUGUAAAGGGGAGAGUAAGGGAAACAUUCGCGUAAGAUCCAAUUUAUUGAUUCUGCUUUUAAAAGUCAUUGUUUAUUCAAUAUAA